AUGAAGCGAGCCGCGCCGGGAGGGGCAGCAGGUGGAGGCGAGGACGCGGGGCUCCAGCACGCCAGCGGGGCGGGGCGGGAUGCGGCCGGGCCGGGAGUGACUCAGCGCGGGGCUGCCCGCCUGGAGGAGGAGGAGGCGGUCGGCUCCCUCACCAAACACAGCGCCCAACACCCCGCGCGACCGCAGCUAAGAAAAAGAAGCCAGACAGGCCAGGGGACCCCAGGGACAGACGGCCAGAGACACCUGGCCCUCCUCGUCCUGCGGAUACUGCAGCCACAGAGCAACGCCACCAAACCACCAGGGCUGGCUGCCCACGCGUGGGUGGUCAGCAUGUGGCAGGACACGAGCUGCCACCCCAAGCAGGCGCACAGCCAGCUGUCCGGGGGCCGCUGGGCCCUCGGACACACCUGGGCGCCACCAGGGCGGGCCUGCUGGACCCUGGCCUUCCCCGCGCCCGCUCGCUCACCGCCUGUCCGCAGCGUGCUGGUGGGCGUGCACGCGCACAGCCGCACCUGGGUCACACACUCACGCGUGCCCCAGGCACGCUGA